AUGGCUUCAGAUUCUUUCCACUACCCCAAUAGCAGCUCUUCCUCUUUCAUCCUUGUAGGUGUUCCUGGCCUGGAAGCUUCCCACACCUGGCUGGGCAUCCUUUUCUGUUUAGGGUAUAUCAUGGCCUUGGUAGGAAAUGGUAUGGUUUUGCUUGUCAUCAGGCUGGAUGACUCACUGCGUAACCCCAUGCAUUGCUUCCUGGCCAUGCUAGCAGUCACUGAUUUGGUGAUGGUGACAUCCACUGUCCCCAAGAUGCUGAGCAUAUUCUGGUUGAACUCUACUGAGACCAGUUACAUGGCUUGUUUCGUUCAGAUGUUCCUUGUUCAUUCUACCACAUCGGAGGAGUCAGGAGUGCUCCUGGCCAUGGCCUUUGACCGCUACAUUGCAAUCUCUCAGCCUCUCAAGUACGAAGCUAUCUUGACUCACCAGACAGUGGCCAAAAUAGGCCUGGCCAUCGUGGGAAGAGCUCUCCUCUUCAUCGUUCCCUUGACAUGGAUGGUGACAAAUCUGUCUUUCUGCAAUUCCAGGGUGGUUCCCCACUCCUACUGUGAGCACAUGGCCGUGGCAAAGCUGGCAUGUACGGACCCCAGGUCCAUCAGCCUUUACAGCACAACUCUAUCAUCCCUUAUAGUAGGCAUGGACGUGGCUUUCAUUGCUUUGUCUUAUGGUAUGAUCAUUAAAGCUGUCCUGGGCAAGAAAUCACACAGGAAGGCCUUCAGCACUUGUGGGUGUCACAUCUGCGUGAUGCUGCUGUAUUACAUCCCUGGCAUAGUCUCCGUGUACAUACAGGCAUUUGACAGAAGUGUCCCUGCAUGGGCACAGGUUCUCCUGGCCGAUGUCUACCUGACCCUCCCCACCAUGCUGAACCCCAUCAUUUACAGCAUGAGGAUCAAGCAGAUCCGUCGGGCAGUGCUGAAAGUGUUGUUUUCCAAUAGGGUUCACACCUGA